AUGUCUGAAUUAGAUCUAAUAAUAUAAACACUUAGGAAAUGUGAAAUAGUAUCAGAAAAUGACGUAAAAAACUUGUGCAAUAAAGCAAGGGAAAUUCUAAUAGAAGAAUCAAAUGUAUAGCGAGUAGACGCUCCUGUCACGAUAUGUGGAGACAUACAUGGAUAAUUUUAUGAUUUAGUAGAAUUAUUUAAUGUAGGAGGGGAGUGCCCAGACACUAAUUAUUUAUUUUUGGGGGAUUUUGUAGAUCGUGGUUUUCAUUCUGUGGAGACAUUUCUUUUAUUAUUAGCAUUAAAAGUUCGUUACCCUGAUAGAAUAACUCUAAUAAGAGGCAAUCAUGAAUCCCGCCAAAUAACUUAGGUAUAUGGUUUUUAUGAUGAAUGUUUAAGAAAAUUUGGAUCCUUAAAUGUUUGGAGAUAUUGUACUGAAUUAUUUGAUUAUUUAUCAUUAGGUGCGAUUAUUGAAAAUAAAAUAUUUUGCGUUCAUGGAGGAUUAUCGCCUUGUAUAAAAGUUUUAGAUGAGAUUAUAGCUAUCGAUAGAAAAUAAGAAGUACCACAUGAUGGUGCUAUGUGUGAUCUUAUGUGGAGUGAUCCUGAUGAAAUCGAAGGAUGGGCUGUAAGUCCUCGUGGUGCCGGUUAUUUAUUCGGAGGAGAUGUAGUAGAUGAAUUUAAUAAGGCAAAUAAUAUAGAACUUAUUUGUAGAGCACAUUAACUUGUAAUGGAAGGAUAUAGAAAUAUGUUUAAUGAUUAACUUUCUACUGUUUGGUCUGCUCCAAAUUAUUGUUAUAGAUGUGGAAAUAUUGCUGCUAUUUUAUAAUUGGAUGAAAAUUUGGAAAAAAAAUUCAAAACUUUCGAAGCUGCUUCAUAAGAUAAUAGAGGACCUCCAGUUAAAAAAACAGUUCCUGAGUAUUUUUUAUGAAAAAAAUAAAAAUAAAGAAAAAAUAAAGAUAUAUAUAAACUUUUUUAAACUAAAAUAUAUAAAUUUGUAUAUAAAUAAAAAAAUUUAUUUAUAUUUUUGUGUUUUUCUUAUUAUUUAUAUAAUAUAAUCCUUACAUACUUUUUAUU